GUCAAAAUUGAAAAUAUAACGAUAUUUUCUAGCCGUGCUAGUUAAUUAUAACCAAAACUUAUGAAUAUUGGAAUAAACAUUUCUUCGAAAGUGUACCUAUUGUGAAAAAAGAGUAGUGAUAUUUGUUUAUUACCUAAAAAUCUCCUUGUGACAAGAUAUGACCGUACCCUCGCAGCCUGUGCUUUACAUGGGACAAAUGUCUUCAAUUAUAUCCAUAGUAUGCCGCAUUUGCUACGACAGUGAAAAGGACGAAGAACUUAUUACGCCCUGCAAUUGCAAAGGAACUGUGGCUUUCGUUCACAGAUCAUGUCUAGAAACGUGGUUGGGAGAAUCUAAUACUACAACUUGCGAACUAUGCCAUCAAAUAUUCAAUACCGAAAGAGUACCAAGAUACACAUCUGCGAAAUCUGUAUGGUAUUGGUGCUGGCGUUCCAACGGAUCUGCUCAAGAUGUUCGCAGUGAUGUAGUGGCUUGCGCUAUCAUAACUCCUUUGACUAUAAUUAUCACUUACGUCUGUCUUUUUUCCUCUGAGUAUUAUAACCAAGUAAAAUUUUCUAGUGUUCCUGCUGCUAGAUGGACAUCAGUAUCUUUAUUGAUUAUGAUUGGAAUUAUGCUAAUAGGAUAUUAUAUGUGGGUGUAUUCUACUAUAAGGAUGCAUGCCCGGAGAUGGUAUAAUUGGUGGCAAAGAACAUGCAACGUAAGAUAUAUACCACCUGGUACAGCUAGAGUUGUAAAUAUGAAUUUAGCAGAAGAAGUAAGAGGUGGUAGAGUUGAUGAAAGUAGCAGUUCAGUUCCGGUUGCAGACGUUGCUACUAGUAUAAACGAGAGUGAAAUUAACCACACUAGUAUUUCAAAUGGUGUUGGUGAAACUGUAGUAUAAUUGAGAAGCAUUAGGUAUAAUUCUAAUGCGGCGUAAUAGAAUUAUAACGAAGGAAUUUCAGUAAGAAAAAUAUUUAUAAACGAAUGAAGACAUUAAAUGUGUAAUAAUAGUA